AUGGCCUCCACUCAGAAGAAACUUCAAGGACUGGUGGCAGCAACCGUCACGCCAAUGACAGAACUCGGAGAAAUCAAUAUCUCAGUGAUUGGCCACUAUGUGAAUUAUCUUGUGGAAGAACAGGGGGUGAAGAAUGUUUUUGUUAACGGUACCACAGGAGAAGGCCUGUCUCUGAGCCUCGACGAGCGCCGCCUGCUGGCCAAGGAGUGGGUGACACAAGGGAAGAAUAAGUUGGACCAAGUGGUGAUUCAUGUGGGUGCCCUGAGCUUGAAGGAAUCCCAAGAAUUGGCCAGACACGCAGCAGAAAUAGGAGCCGAUGGGAUCGCAGUCAUGGCCCCUUUCUUUCUGAAACCCACAAACAAAGAUGCCCUGGUAUGUUUUCUGAGGAAGUGGCUGCUGCGGGCCCCCACUUUGCCUUUCUACUACUACCACAUCCCUUCCUUAACAGGGGUGAAGAUUCGUGCUGAGGAGUUGCUGGAAAGGAUCCAGGAAGAGAUUCCCAGCUUCCAGGGAGUGAAAUUCAGUGACAAAGACCUCCUGGACUUCGGGCAGUGCGUGGACCAGAACGGCACACAGCAGCUUGCCUUCCUUUUUGGGGUGGACGAGCAACUGUUGAGUGCGCUGGUGAUGGGGGCCACAGGAGCUGUGGGCAGCACCUAUAACUACCUGGGGAAGCAGAACAAUCUGAUUUUGGAGGCUUUUAAACGGAAUGAUUUCUCCUCUGCUCUCAACUACCAGUUUUGCAUCCAGAGAUUUAUGAACUUUGUGAUCAAGCUGGGUUUUGGGGUGCCUCAAAUCAAAGCAAUGAUGAGCUUGGUCUCAGGGAUCGACGUGGGCCCACCCAGGCUACCUCUGCAGAGAGCCUCCCAGGAUUUCAUUCAUCAAGCCCAAGCCAAACUGAUGAGUCUGGAGCUCCUUUCUUUGGCAGGUUCCCAGAGUGGAAGCUCAGAAGCCUGUAACUAG